AUGGCCAAACUCAUUCUAUACGGAUUCGAUGGAAGUCCUGGCGUACGCUCGGUCCUGCUAACCCUUAGCGCCUUGGGUCUGGAAUUCGAGUACAGGAUUGUGAAUCUGAUGACCGGCGAGCACCUGAAGCCGGAAUAUCUCAAGAUCAAUCCACUGCACACUGUGCCCACGCUGGAGGACGAUGGUUUCUUUAUCAACGAUAGCCAUGCCAUCAAUGCCUAUCUGGUGAGCAAAUACGGCAAGGACGAUACCCUGUAUCCCAAGGACCUUCAAAAGCGGGCCACUGUGGAACAGCGUUUGCACUAUGACUCCAGUGUGCUGGUCAGCACCGCUCGUGCACUCGCCAGUCCGUUAAUGGAGGGCAAGACCGAGAUACCCAAGGCCAGAUUUGAUGCCCUGGAGGAGGUGUACAGGACACUCGAUGUGUUCCUGCAAAGCAAUGACUUUGUGGCUGGAAGUAAUCUAACCAUCGCUGAUUUCCACGUUAUCACUGUGCUUACGUCCACGGUGCUCUUCCGUGAUGUGGACGCCACCAAGUACCCAAAGUUGGCGGGCUGGGCUCUGCGCAUCCGCAGGUUGCCCUACUACGAGGAGGCCAACGGAUCGCGAAUGGAGCUGGUGGCCAACAUUUUCAAGAGCAAGAAAUUCAUAAUUGUAUAA